GAGUUAAAACAGUCAGUCAUUUGGUUGCUGUUGAUCUGAUGAGCUUCAACACGAUAUAUUUGAUGCUGAUGUUGGUCAGAAUGGCUCCUGCUCUUCCUCUGAUCUUUCUGCUCAUGAUUCACAGGGUUUCUAGUGCAGGUUGGGGUGUGAGUUACAGUCCUUCACACAUCUGUGCACUAAAGGACUCAUCAGUGAUAAUGAGCUGCACUUAUACAUACCCUACUGGAUAUAAGAUCGAGAAAGUGUUCUGGUUCAAAGGCCCAUUACAAGAGUGUGUAGAGCUUCCAGAUCUGUCUAAUGACACUGAAUAUAGUCAGAGGCUUCAGUAUCUGGGAGAUAAACAGCAGAACUGCACCAUCAGACUGAGUCAUGUGACACUGAAGGAUUCACACAUGUACUAUUUCAGAUUCAUCACUGAUAAAGACAAAUGGAUUGGUAAACCAGGAGUGUCUCUUAAUGUCACAGAUCUUCAGGUGGAGUCUCCUGAGAGAGUGACAGAGGGAGAUUCAGUCCGUCUGACAUGUAAAAGCAGCUGCACUCUGACUGACAGAGCAACAUUCAUCUGGUACAGAAACUCACAGCCAUUAACUGAGAGAAGAGACAGAAACAAUGAACUCCUGCUGCAGUCAGUCAGAAGAGAGGAUGCAGGCAGAUAUAGCUGUGCUGUACACGGACACAAUCACAUCUCUCCUGCUGUUCAGCUCAAUGUCACAUGUGAGUACAGAUUCAGUUGUUCUUUUUAUGUAUUGAGUUUAUGUUUGGAAAUACACUUUCAUUUGUCUAUUUUAGAUGUCUCAGUGUUGAUAACUGGAUCUGGUGAAAUAGUGUCAGGAGAUUCAGUGACUCUGAUCUGCAGCAGUGAUUCAAACCCUCCUGCUCUGAACUUCAGCUGGUUUAAGGAGAAUGAAAGCUCAGCUGUUGGAUCUGGACAGAGUUUCAGUGCACUACAGAGUGGACGCUUCUACUGUCAGGCUCACAAUCAACAUGGAUCUCAGAGAUCAGACGCUGUAACUGUCACAGUUCAUCAUGGUGCUGGUAGGAAUGUGAUUGUGAUCGCAGCGACAUCUGGAGGAUUAUUCUUCAUCAUCAUCAUCAUCUUGUUUAUAAUGAGGAAACGAAGGGAUGGUCAAACUGAAGAUCUCACAGUGAAACAGAAUGAUCUCUAUUCUGACGCGUCACAGAGAGUUUCAGUCCAUGACGAGCCUCUUUCUGAACCGGAUUCAGCCAAUGACGCUCCGUAUGCCAGUGUGAAACCAAAGAGAUUCAGAGGAAAAACUCCUGAAUCCAGAGAGAGUGAGGAGAUCCACUACGCAACUGUCCAAUAUCACAGAAAGAAAGAGACGAAGAGAGAAGAGGAGAAUGAAAACCAGUACGACGAUAUAAGAGUUCAUCAGUCCAAUGCUGCCGUGAGACCAUCAGCUGUUCAAACUAUGGAAGAGCCUUCAAUGAUCUACAGCAGUGUCAAAUGAGUGACAGACUGUAUUAUGUUGCAUUGUGUGUUUUAUAAAGCCUUUCCACUUCAUGUUUUACUUUGUAUGUACGGCUAA